AUGACCAACAUGUGCCUCAAAAGCGCAGUAGCAGUCAUUGUCAAAACAGCUGGUAAAGCUAUUGUAUCCAACAUUCCCGAACCAGCAUUGAAGCCCGAUUUUGUAAAAGUCAAGACUGUCGCAGUAGCUAUCAAUCCAACGGACUUCCAUCAUGCAUCAGAUGUUGCACCGAAUGGUCAUAUACUUGGAUGUGAUUAUUCUGGUGUAGUAGAAGAAGUUGGACCAGAAUGUAAAAAUUCGGAUUUGAAAAAAGGAGAUCGUAUUUGUGGAUCUUGCCAUGGUGGAAAUACCAAUGAUAAAGAAAGUGGUGCAUUUGCAGAAACCAUAUUUGCACCAGAUGGCGUCUUGAUUAAAAUCCCAGACAAUAUGUCAUUCGAAGAUGCAGCAACAAUUGGUGUAGCAAUCACCAGUACAGGUCAAGUUCUUUAUAUGAAUAUGAAACUUCCACUUCCUACUGAACCUACCAAAACUCCAUUUCCCAUAUUAAUUUAUGGUGGAAGUACAACUAGUGGAGCUAUGGCAAUUCAAUUUGCCAAAUUAUCCGGUCUUACAGUCAUAACAACCUGUAGUCCCUCAAACUUUGAUUAUGUCAAAUCACUCGGAGCUGAUGCAGUUUUUGAUUAUCAUUCUCCCACUUGUGGUGCUGAUAUUCGAGCUCAUACUAAUUCAUCUCUUCAUCAUAUAUAUGAUUGUAUAUGCUCCGAAUCUACAUUCGCCAUCUGUGCUGAAGCUUUUCCUGAAAAGGGGACUUUUACUGGAGAAUUGAAAUUCAUCAGUGUACUUCCUGUUGAAACAUUUUCAAGAAAAAAUGAGGAAAAUGUUGAUGCUAAAGCUUUCUUAGCAUAUACUGCUUUUGGGAAAGCUUUUUCCAAAUUUGGCUUGGAUAUUCCAUUUUAUCCAGAACAUUAUGAAUUUGCAGUUCGAUUUUGGAAGAUGAGCUCAAAGUUACUUGAGGAGGGAAAGAUAAAGAAUCAACCUGCUAUUGUGAGACGAGGAGGAUUAAAGGGAGUAAUUGAUGGUAUGUUGGAAGUAUCGGAAGGUAAAGUUAGUGCGGGGAAAUUGGUUUAUAGAAUUGAUGAAACCCCAACGGAUGAAGAAUUAGAGAAGGUGAGUAGUGAGGAAGAACAAGAGAUCAAGGGAGCUGAUCUUUACAAAUCUCAAUGGAUGCAAUGA